ACCUCUUUCCGGUUUCCCUUUUUUAUACUGUGUUAUGUUGGUUCGCGUAGCACUCCUCACAGGCCGUUUGGUGUACGUUUUUUUUGUUUGUUGGUGAGAUGAAACUGCCAAAACUCUGAAAGGUAUUAUUGUACAUCAUAAUUGCAACACAAUAUUUGUUCUAGCCUGAAAUGUUAGCCCGUAAUCGUAACAUGGUGUUUGUAUGUUCACGGAUUAAAUGUAACGUUUACGUUUCAUGUUUCACGCAUUUUCUUUUCUUACUAUCCUAACAAUUUACGUAUGGAUUUUCUAACGAUACGUACGUUCAAUCUUUUGGCAGAUAUCUCGUUACAUAGUAUGACAGGUUUGAAUGGACAGAUGAUCGAAGAUCGCCGCCAUUGAGGACCCCUCUCUGAUAAUCGCAAAUUUACGGCGUCACUGAUGUUCCUCUACCCACUAUUGCCCAUAUUUUGGGCUGUUUCUGCAAAGGCAGAUUUAUUUCAAUUUGACAGUAUUUCAAAUGUAUCUACGUAUUAUUUCAAUUAUAUUUAUUGUAAUAUAUGGGAAGGGGAGUGUCAACCGACUCAAGAUGAUGCGACUCAGCAAGGUAUGGUGUUUUUUAUUUCCUGAAAAUUUAAAUUGUUUUAUUAUUCUGCAGAAAUAUCCAAAUUGAGACCGUUUUCUCAACAGUCUUGGUGUAGUCAGAUCGAUUAUGUCGGAUCUAUAACCAAAGAAACAGACGCACUGGAGCUUGUAGUUGUCCAUAGGAACAAUUUGUAAGGCAUACAUUCGUUUUUACACAGGACAAACUUAUUUAUAUUACAAUGUAGAAACUGUAAGCAACGAUGAUUAGCCAGUUUAUUCAAACAUAGAGGGAAUAUCUUAUUUCAUUUAUGAACCAGUGAUGAUAUGAAAAAGUGUUAGUCUUUUCCUUGCAAACUUGCCUUGAGAUUAAAUUAUAGUGUUGUUUAAUUGAUUGCAACAGCUAUGUCUUUAAUACUGCAUUAGAUAUUUACACUGUACAUUUGUGUGCCCAUUUCAGUACCUACUAGGGACCUGUGGGCAGCAUUCCCUCAAGACUAUAUCAGUUUGCUGUCACGGUGGUAUUGCAGCCUGGGACAGUGCUGUGAAUCAGGGGAUUGUCGGAUAACAAAUAAUAUUACAGGUAUGAUGAAGUCAUAUUGAGGCAAUAUUUAUGUGCAUGUAUGUUCCACCAGCUAUGUCAUUUUUGUGCAGUCCUCAUUUUGAUGUUCUGUUUCAGGUCUGGCUAGUGAUCUACAGCUAAAGCUUCAUGGGCAGCACCUUGCCCAAUCAGUGGUUCUGAAGGCUGUGCAAGGCUUCAUCAGUAACCCUGAAUCCAAUAAGCCAUUGACCCUCUCCUUCCAUGGCUGCUCUGGCACGGGCAAGAACUUUGUGACCCGGAUUGUAGCUGACAACUUGUACCGGGAAGGGGUGAAGAGCGAGUGUGUGCGUCUGUUCAUCGCCCCAUUCCACUUCCCCCAUGCCAGACUGGUGGACACGUACAAGGUGAGCCUAGCUCUUGGUACAGACACGACUCCUCUCUGCCAGGAACAUGUGCAGAACAUAACUAUGUUGGGUAUAUGGGAUUAUAUAAUACAUAUUUUGAGACCCUGUUUUAUUGCCAUGCAUUAAGGACUAGCUAAAUGUCUAGUUUAAAAAGAAAAUGUAAAUGUUGACAUUUUCCAGGUCACCUCCUAAAUAAAAGUUAUUGGAACUCACACCAGCUAGGCAACCUUCCAACCAAUUGCAAAUUCAAUGUUAAAUAGCAUAAUACAUACUAUCACUAUUUCAAAAUGAUAGUGAAGCAAUUGAUUAAAUUACACAAAUCGAUCUCGACCAAAGCAGGAAUUAAACAAAUAUACAGUAUUAUUUCCAAACUCAACAAAUUAUCACAAAGAGUGCCAUUUUUAGUGGAUAAAAACAUGUAGAAUAAUACAUGGAAUGCAUGUGCAUAUUUUAACCUGUCUUAAAUGAGAGAGUGAGAGGGGAUAUUUUUGUGCUCACCAUAGCUCUCUCUUUCCAGGGCCAGCUCAAAGAAGCUAUCCGGGACAUGGUGCUGCGUUGCCCACAGACACUUUUCAUCUUUGAUGAAGCUGAGAAACUGCACCCGGGCCUUAUAGAUGCCAUCAAGCCCUAUAUGGACCAUUAUGACAAUGUGGAUGGGGUCAGCUAUAGGAGGGCUGUCUUCUUAUUCCUCAGGUUAGCCAUAUAUACCCUUUCAAUCAUUGCAAUGUCUCUUCCACUAACUAAUGUAAGGAAACUCAACUGUCUUAGUCAUGGGUAAAUGUCUCAGAGAUUUUUCCUUCACCAAGAUAUGUUGUAAUAAUUAUUUGUAGUAAUAUUGGUGGGACCACCAUCAACGAUGUGGCCUUGGACUUCUGGCACUCAGGGCAGAACAGAGAGGACAUUGGGAUGGAGGACUUGGAACACCGGCUACGUGCUGAAGCUAUGGAUUCUCAAGGUACCAACAGUGGCUUUACAAUCAUUCACACUCAUUCUCAGCAUUUACAUAUAGUGCAUUCGGAAAGUAUUCAGACCCCUUGACUUUUUCUACAUUUUGUUACAUUACAGCCUUAUUCUAAAAUUGAUUAAAUUGUUUUUUUUCCCCCUCAUCAAUCUAUACACACUACCCCAUAAUGACAAAGCAAAAACCAUUUCCUCAGUACUUUGUUGAAGGAUUACAGCCUCGAGUCUUCUUGGGUAUGACGCUACAAGCUUGGCACACCUGUAUUUGGGGAGUUUCUCCCAUUCUUCUCUGCAGAUCCUCUCAAGCUCUGUCAGGUUGGAUGGGGAGCAUUGCUGCACAGCUAUUUUCAGGUCUCUCCAGAGAUGUUCGAUCUGGUUCAAGUCCGGGCUCUGGCUGGGCCACUCAAGGACAUUCAGAGACUUGUCCCAAAUCCACUCCUGCGUUGUCUUGGCUGUGUGCUUAGGGUCGUUGUGCUGUUGGAAGGUGAACCUUCGCUCUCAAGCAGGUUUUCAUUAAGGAUCUCUAAGUACUUUGCUCCAUUCAUCUUUCCCUCAAUCCCCACUAGUCUCCCAGUCCCUGCCACUGAAAAACAUCCCAGUCCAAACAUCGCUUUGUCAUUCUGGGGUAUUGUGUGUAGAUUGAUGAGGGUAAAAAAUUAUUUAAUCAAUUUUAGAAUAAGGCUGUAAUGUAACUGGAAAAAGACAAGGGGUCUUAACACUUUCCGAAUGCACUGUAAAUACAUUUUCACAGAGCAAGAUUGAAGAUGCCUUUCUCAUGAACACUACUACACUGUUAACACAACAACAAAUAGUUUGCAAAAAGACAGAAUACAGAUUAGAAACAGAUUAAAACAUUUUGAAUUCCAUAACAUUUCAGUGCAACAUGUUUCGAUGUAAAUACCUUUCUGGAAUUGUGGAUUAACCCAUUUGUCUGCUUUACAGGAGGCUUUGCACAGAGUGAACUGAUGUCAGGUCACCUUAUUGACUUCUUUGUGCCCUUCCUACCUCUGGAGUACCGUCAUGUCAAGCGCUGUGCCCGUGAUGCCUAUGCAGCGCGGGGUCUGGAGCCAGACGAGGGAACGCUGGACGAAGUGGCAAAGGCCAUGCUAUAUAUACCCAAGGAGGAGAGGCUAUUCUCUGCCCAAGGCUGCAAAUCAAUACCACAGAGGAUCAAUUUCUUCCUACCCUAAACAGACUAAUGCAAUCCAGAAAACACAUGAACAGGGUUUUAGCAAAAAGGAAAAAGUAUGUCCUGCCGACAUAUUGAACAUUCUUGCAAUGGCACAUAUCGAUCAGAAAUGUGGUAUGCCCACUCCUCACCCUACACUACCAAGAAAGGAAGCAUAGGGCAUCUUGCUAUAGUAACAUUCAAUCUGAUAACAAAAUAAGGGAUUUUAGCAUGCAUUAUUCAACUUCCUCAUUAGGCAAUUUUUAUACACUGAUUUUAGGUCAAGCUCAGGUCAACUCGAGUAUUAGUAUUUGCAUGUACACUACCAGUCAAAAGUU